AUGGAUAUCAUAUCACAGCUACAAGAACAAGCGAAUACUAUUGCAUCCCUAGCUUUCAAUACUUUUGGAACACUUCAAAGAGAUGCGCCACCAGUGAGUCUUUCCCCAAAUUAUCCAGAGCCACCUGCUAACACUACUGCGGAAACCCCAGCUGAUAUUGCAGAACAACCCAAGCUCAUGAGUGCUGCUCUGGUUAAGGCUGCAAAGCAGUUUGACGUAUUGGUUUCGGCCCUUCCAGUGUCAGAAGGAGAUGAGGAAGCUCAAUUACACAUGAUUGAAAUCCAGGCAGAAAAUGAACUCCAAAAUCAGCUAGAGGCUGCAGAAACAGAAUUGAGGCAGGUCCAAGGAUUGUUUAACGAGACAACUGUUUGA